UUAAGGUACUUACCUGACAUAUGUACUUUAGGAUUUCAAUCUCGUUGGUAUUAGACUCGACCGGAAGUUCAAAACGCGCGGGAACCAGAUGUUAUGCUACAUCCGGUUUCCCAUGAACUUAUCAGUUUUCUUUCUCGGCGGCUUGAAAGAUAGUCGUGUAUUACGUGCUCGUAAUUUCUGCCGUUUGAGAUGGCAGAAGAAAAUAGAAACGGAGAUAUUUCUCCGGUGGAAGAAGAUACUUUGGAGGAUUCCUCUCGUGAAGGGCAGAAGCCACCUUCAUCUUCGUCUGUAGUUACGAAGAAAAAGAGGAAGUCGAGGUCCAAGUAUUCGGAGUUAGAAGAUAAGUGGAACACAAAGUUCGGAAACUUAAAUAGUAAGUUAGAUAGCAUGUUUGACUUGUUAAAGGGUGAACUAACAGCUAGACAUGUACAGACAAGUACCGCAAAUGGUGACAAUAUAAAUACGUCUGAUAAUUCACUGUCACAAAGACAGUCCAGUUCAACUUCAAGUCUGUCACAAAGACAGACGAGUAAAAGUCAGUCACAAAGACCGACACUUAGGUCUAGAGAUUCAGAUAAUGAAUCAGCUGAUGAUCGUGAUGAUGUAAUGUCUUUGCAACCAGGUCAAAACGAAGUUUUGGGUUCAGGGACAGAGUCUGACAAUGAAGGCUCUAAUGAUGAACAGUUGUCAAGUAAAGCAAAGAAAUGUUUAUUUGAUAUUUUUGGUGAGGAUGCCAUUGCCAAGAAAACAGAGAAAAAAAUUGGCAUUACAAUGGACGAUUCUCAAAAAGAGGUUCUAAUGGGUCACUGGCGUGCACUCAAACCUAAUUUAGUAUCAGCAUUUGCUGAAGAAACUAAAGAACUAUUUCCUGUUGAUGAGGAAACAGAAAAAUUCCUUCAGGUACCAACUUUAGAUGAUUUCAUUGGAAAUUGUUUAGUUAAAAGACAUGGCAGUAAAGCAUCUUUUUCUAAAGGAAAAAAUUUAUGCUCCCAACCUUACAAAAUGCUUGAGAAAAUAGCAUAUAGAGGACAGCAAGCAAGUUUCAUGGGUAUUGUCAUUUGCAUGUAUAUGCAACAGAGUCUUGGUAAUUUAUUAGAAUUAUUAUCUGAUGAGACGCCUAACAUUGAUAAAGCUAUUCAACAAGUAAGGGACAUUUUUGCUAUGUCCAAGAAAGAGUUGGAUCAAGCUGGUAGAGCAGGUGCGUUUCACCAUAUUUUGAGACGUCAAAUGUGUAUGACUGAUACAUCCAUGUUUCUACUUCAUGAUUCUAGAGACAUUUCAGAUUUGCCUCUGACUGGAGAAGGUGUUUUUGGGGAUAACUUAGUUUCUGCUUUAAAAGCUAGAAAAGACAAAGAUAAAACUCUUGAUGAUUUGUUGCCUGAUAUUUUCCCAAAAGACAGGAAAAGGAAAACACCUUCAACAGAGGAUUCUAGUAAAGCUAAAAAGGCUAAAAUAGAGAAAUCAGAUCAAAACAAAGACAAGUCAUCUGAGAAUUUUCGUAUCCCAAAACUGUCUUCCAACACAGGACCUAGAAAGUUCACCAAAAAGACAGAGGAUGGAAAAUUCUCCAAACCAGAUACUGGUUACAAGAAGACUCCCUUUCCGGCUAGAGGAGGGAAGUCCUUUAGAAAAUGACAAGGAUGAAGAAUGAGUUCUUCCUCGGCGAGUCGCUGAGGGAGAGUGUAUAUAUGUUUUUCGUUAUGUGGGAAUGGUGGUGGAUUUUAAAUGCACAUAGAUGACAGUUUGCCUGAGUGUUUAAAAAACACAGGUUUUUAACGGCCAAUCUGUAUGAUCAGAUGUUUUUCAACGUUGUUGAAAUAAAUAUAAACUAAGGAACUACAUAGUAAGUGUACGUAUUUCCAUGUAUAAUAAGUUGUAUAUACUAGAGUUUAUAGUUUGUGAUUUAUUGGAAGAAGAAGUAUUUUAAGAAAACUUUUUGUCAAAACUUCCUGCUACAAAUUAUUGCUUUGUAAUCAAUAGAAAUCCUAAAGUACAUAUGUCAGGUAAGUACCUUAAUUUAUGAUAUAAAAUUCAAAAAUUUGAACUCAAAUUCAAAUUUUAUGAAUAAAUUAUACUUACCUGACAUAUGUACUACCCACCCUUCCUCCCCAGGAAGUUUUUAAGUUUUCUUAACGGGGUCUUUCAAGCCGCCGUGAGAAAACUGAUAAGUUCAUGGGAAACCGGAUGUAGCAUAACAUCUGGUUCCCGCGCGUUUUGAACUUCCGGUCGAGUCUAAUACCAACGAGAUUGAAAUCCUAAAGUACAUA